AUGGGGGGCUCGCACAGCCGGGAGGACCUCGACUUCACCGACUCCGACGACGACGACUCCGCCUCCCGCGCCUCCGACGCCUCCUCCGACUUCUCCACCCCUCCCCCCGCCUCCGCCUCCAGGGCCGCUAGGCUGCCCACCCCCGCCUCCAUCGACGCCAUCGACACCCACCUCCGCAACCUCCACCUCAAGUACUCCGACCCCAUCUCCCCCAACCCCAGCCCCACCCCCAACCCCGCCGCCGCCGCCGCCGCCCUCAACGCCGUCAAGCUCUACCUCCACAUCGGCGGCUCCACCCCCGCCGCGCGCUGGGUGAUCUCCGACCGCCUCGUCGCCGCGUCCUUCAUCCGCUCGGGCGACCCCUCCUCCGACGACGACGACGAGCCCGCCGGCCCGUGGUGCCUCGUCGUGGGCUCCAAGAUCCGGGCCAGGGUCGGGCCCGAGCUGCAGCUCAAGACCUUCCCCGCGCAGCGCCGCGUCGACUUCGUCGCCGACGGCGUCUGGGCGCUCAAGUUCCUGCACCCCGACGGCUACGGCGACUUCAACGCCAAGUACCACAGCUGCCUCUUCGAGAACAGCUACGGCGUGGCCGCCACGGACGAGGGCCGCGCCAAGGUCUUCGGGAAGGACUUCGCGGCCUGGGCGCGCCCCGAGUUCGGGGACGAGUCCAUAUGGGAGGACGCCACCGACGCCUUCUCGCCGGGCCCCAAGGGCGGCGGCAGCAGCCCUAUGCCUGCGCGGAGCCCGAUGCUGCGGCCUCUCAUGGAGGAUUUCAGGGAGUUUGAGGAGCCCGUGGAGGAGGAUGGUGGUGGCAUACAGAGCCUCGCUCUGGGCGCGCUUGAUAACAGUUUCCUUGUCGGGGAUGCAGGGAUACAUGUGGUGAAGAAUUUCGAGCAUGGGAUCCAUGGGAAGGGCGUCUCUGUCAAGAUCUCCGGAGGGGGAACAAACUUCACCACGCCCAAGAAGGCGCUUCUGAUGCGUGCCGAGACAAACAUGCUCCUGAUGAGCCCAGCAACCGAUGGGAAGCCGCACGCCAAGGGGGUGCAUCAGCUUGACAUUGAGACCGGGAGGGUGGUCUCGCAGUGGAAGUUCGGCAAGGAUGGGGCAGACAUCAAUAUGAGGGAUAUCACCAACGACAGCAAGGGCGCACAGAUGGAUGCGUCGGAGUCCACCUUCUUGGGACUGGAUGACAACCGAUUGUGCCGCUGGGAUAUGAGGGACCGCCAUGGCAUCGUGCAGAACUUGGCGAAUUCGAUGGAGUCCCCAGUAUUGGAAUGGACCCAGGGCCAUCAGUUCACCAGGGGGACUAACUUCCAGUGCUUUGCAUCUACUGGUGAUGGGUCCAUUGUUGUUGGCUCACUCGAUGGCAAGAUUCGUUUGUACUCAAAGAGCUCUAUGAGGAUGGCGAAGACGGCCUUCCCAGGGCUGGGUUUGCCCAUUACUCAUGUGGAUGUCACUUACGACGGGAAGUGGAUACUCGGGACAACCGAUUCUUACCUUAUUCUCAUAUGCACCAUUUUCAUCGACAAGGAUGGGAAGGAGAAGACUGGAUUUGGUGGUAGGAUGGGGAACAGGAUUGCUGCCCCAAGAUUGCUCAAGCUCAGCCCACUGCACUCUCAUCUUGCAGGGGACAACAGCAAGUUCCGUGAGGGCAGGUUCUCAUGGGUCACUGAGAAUGGAAAGCAGGAGAGGCAUCUCGUCACGACGGUGGGAAAGUACAGCGUGGUGUGGAACUUCCUUCAGGUGAAGAACAGCCACCACGAGUGCUACCAAAACCAGGAAGGCCUCAAGAGCUGCUACUGCUAUAAGGUGAUCCCCAAGGAUGAGUCCAUCGUAGCCAGCCGCUUCAUGCACGAGAAGUACGACACGAGCGACUGCCCGGAGGCGCCGCUGGUCGUCGCGACACCCAUGAAGGUCACCUCCUUCAGCGUAUCUAGCCAGAGGUAGCUCCGUGCUGCCUGCCGUCUCUGGUGUUUCUUCAGUCAGUUUGGUCGCCGUGUUGUCAUGUAAUUCUGACUUGCGGAUUUGGACUCUCAAGCGUGGUGAUGACUAUCUAUCUAGUCAUGGAUUGUGACUGGAUCAGUAAUUCUAUGGAUUGCUAGUAGAACUAUUUUACAACAGUGAUGACUUGUACUAGAGUGACUUUGAAC